CAUGCUAUUCUUCUGUUAGCAAUGGCGAGUGAUAGCAAGUGUGUAGAUGUGGAGGCUUGGGGGCGCAAGCCGGGGGUCUAUCUGUACACCUUGAGGAAUGGAGGCAUCACUGCCAGGAUCACGAACUGGGGAGCGACCAUCGUCUCGCUCUGCCUCAGGGAUCCUUCAGCUGGAGAGGACAUUGAUAUCGUUCUGGGAUUUGAUUCCUGCGAUCCUUACAUGGAUGGAACCUCGCCGUAUUUUGGAUGCAUUGUUGGUCGCGUAGCGAACCGGAUCAAAGACGCAUCUUUUUCCAUGGAUGGAGUCACGUACACUCUGCCUGCCAAUAACAACAUGAACACUCUUCAUGGUGGUGAAGUUGGAUAUGACAAAGUGCUGUGGCAGUCGCAAAUUGUCAAGGAAUCUCAGGUCCCAGUGGUCGAAUUUACGUACCACAGCAGCGAUGGCGAGCAAGGAUUCCCGGGCGAGCUGGACGUUUCAGUAACUUAUGCUCUUCACGAGAACGAGCUGCGCGUGGAAAUGAGAGCUGUGCCGGCGAGCAAGCAAACUCCGGUCAGCCUUGCGCAGCACACGUACUGGAACCUGGCGGGGCACAAGAGCGGCAGCAUCCUCGACCACACCAUUUGCAUCUCGGCCUCUCGCUACACUCCAGUGGACGACUUCCAAAUUCCCACUGGCGAGCUCGCCCCCGUCGCAGGCACCGCCUUUGAUUUCCUGCAAGAGGCCAGGAUCGGUUCCAGGAUUGAUCAAGUCGAGGGGGGAUACGAUCACAACUACGUGCUGGAUCAGAAGCAAGGACCUGGGCUUUGCUUUGCUGCCAGGGUGAGAGAUCCAUCCAGUGGAAGAACGAUGGAGCUUCUCACGGACGCGCCGGGCUUGCAGUUCUACACGGGGAACUUCUUGGUGGCAGAGGCUGGAAAAGAUGGAGAGGUUUACAGGAAGCACGCCGGGCUUUGCCUCGAGACGCAGGGAUUUCCAAAUGCCGUGAACGACGCAAGGUUCCCGAGCGUGAUGGUUUCCCCCGGGGAAGUUUACAGGCACCAGAUGGUGUUUAGAUUCUCCGUGACACAAAAGGAAAAAACAAAGUGUUUGCUCGAGUGAUUGAUAGCAGCUUUCGGCCGACGUAAGAUCAUGAGCUUUAAAUUCUCUGGUCCGAGGAUAAAAACACGAGGAACUGGCUAACAACUUGGCUGCUGCAGUGGAGCAUUCAAGGUACUGGGAGGAGAGGAUUGAUUGAUAGUGUCAUUCCAUCCACACAGCAGAUAAUAAGUUUACAGAGCAAGACGAUUGAUCCUAUAACAAACAUAGCAACGAACACAGAGAGAGAGAGAGAGAUCACAGUGGAAUUUAUAAAGAAUCCAUAGCUUAGAGAAAAUGUUACAGCUUGAUCUCAAAUUCAUGGGUGUCUCUGACCA